AUGCGUGCGGCAUGCCAUAUCGAAGUGCCGCGAGAAAUAGCGGCGAAACGAGCAGUGAUCAAUGUGCAUACGAUGGACAAUGCAUGCUUCGCGUGGUCGGUGGUCGCCGCACUGUAUCCGGCUGAAAAGUAUACGGAGCGAGAGUCAUCGUAUCCACAUUACACUACUGUGUUAAAUCUCACGGGUAUCGAGUUUCCAGUGACUUUAAGAGACAUUCCAAAAUUCGAACGUUUGAACACGGUGUCGAUCAACGUAUACGGCAUCGAGAAUAAACAGGUCCUUCCUCUACGGCUCACCAGCGACAAGAAGGAGAAGCACGUGAACGUGUUGUAUCUACAAGAUCCACGCAACGAUGGUGUAGGCCACUUUGCAUGGAUAAAAAAUUUGUCCCGUCUCGUGAGCUCACAACUCAGCAGAAAGAAGAACAAGAAAUUAUUCUGCGAUCGGUGCCUACAUUAUUUUGGCUCAAGCCAAAAAUUGCAGACGCACGAAGUGGACUGCCAAAAACUGAACGACUGCGCCAUCCGACUGCCGAGCGAGAACGAUAGAUGGCUCGAAUUUGGAAACCACUGUAACCGGGAACGCGUACCGUUCGUAGUAUACGCCGACUUGGAGUGCGUCCUGCGGAAGACGGAGCCCAACAAGGAAGACGCGUCGUCGUACGAGUAUCAACAGCACGAGGUAUUUAGUAUAGGAUACUACGUGCGAUGUUCGUACGAUGACACGUUAUCAGCAUAUCAGUUCCGUCGCGACAAAAACUCAUAUCGUUGUCGACAACCAACGCGUGGUGCGGCUGCAAUUAGCCAAGGAGUUGGGGAUCCUCAAGAUCCCGAAACCCAUCGCAGCCAGGUAUACGUUCGGGGUUUCAUAAACAUUUACAAUUGGGUGACGACGCGUGCGGAGAGGGAGGUGGAACGGUUAUUCAGAGAGCAUUAUACGGACGUGUGGGACGACGAUAGUCUGUUUUUGGCGGAACUAUUUGGCCUCCAGCCGUACGAGGAUCCUGAACCCGAAGAAUGGUGGUCUUUGCACACGCGAACUCUUCUUUGCUUAAACGAUCGAUUUUACUCCAGUAGUUCGUCAAAUACAAAUGUUAAGCCAGCGGCACACGAAGCUUGUUUACCUGCUGAAUUCCUAGCUGGAUCAGAUUCUUGCCACCGUAUUGGCUGCGGUGCUGACAGUGCCAGUAUGGCAACCAAUCCGAUGGCAAUAAUCUGA